GUACUGUCCGAUAUUUUGACGUUUCUCUCGAAGUCGUCCCCGAGUUUUCCAUCUGAUUCGGUCAAAAGCAACACAUAAAUCGGAAUUAUUCCGACGGUUUUCCGCUACUGAAAUGAGUCUAAUCCUUCGAUCGUUGUCCCGCGCGGUGACCACGCAAUGGACGAAGGCAUCGUUUUCUACCUCGUCGGUGGUGCUGAAGGAUCCCCGCCAGCAGAAGGAAGCACCCAUCGUCGAUGCCAACCUGAUCAUUGCCGACGAGGUUGAACGUCGCGAGCGGGAGAAACAGGCCAGCACCAUUGCCGUUCCCACCAAGGUCGAUCUGAGCCCGAUCUCCGGCGUCCCGGAGGAACACGUUAAGGAACGCCGCGUGCGCAUCUUUAUGCCAGCCAAGAAUGCAAUGCAAAGUGGAACGGACAAUCUGCACCACUGGAGUAUUGAGUUCGACAACCGCGAGCGCUGGGAGAACCCUCUGAUGGGAUGGUCGUCGACUGGUGAUCCGCUGUCGAACAUGCGUGUGGAGUUCGGAUCGGCCGAGGAAGCUAUCAACCACUGCGAACGGAACGGGUGGAGAUGGUUUGUCGAUAAUCCGGAAGUGGUCAAGAAGCAUCGCGUCAAGAACUACGGUGUCAAUUUUGCAUGGAACAAGCGCACCCGUGUGUCGACCAAGUAAGUUCCUCACCUCGGUAGGUGGUAGAUGCUGGACUUUUUCGACGUCGUACGUUAGUUUGUUGUGUGUAUAAUAACGGAUCGGAGCAGCUGGGCGGACUGGUUGGAUUCGUGAGCAAUACAGAUUGAAAAAUGUUAAAACCGGA